AUGCCAUCUUCUUCAUCCCCAGCAGAUGGAAUUGUGAAAGUUAUAAAUGGCACGGAGAUGACAUCUUCCACUGUCAAGUUUCCUCAUUCAUACGCCUCUCCUGUUGUCUAUUCACUGAAGAGUACUCCUAAUGAGGGCACGGACUUUUGGAAGAGAAAAGAUCGCAAGGACAAGAAGAAAAGGAAGGAAGAGAAGAGAGUUCAGACAUUUCUAUCAGAUCAAGUUGAUAACUACAAAGGAGAGGAACCAGUUGAUGACAUCUUAGCUUUCAUCAACAAUCAAUCUAUGAAUCAAAGCAUCGGUGCUGACGUUAAAUCACACACUGGCGCUAGUGAUGGCAAGAGGUCUAAUCAUUCUUCAAGCAAUAACAACAGUACCCUAUCUGAGAGCAGAAAGUCGAAUGGUGGUCCGAAAAUUAAUGGUAAAGAUAGUGGGCUAGGAAGCAGUAACUACAAGAAGCAUACAAGCAUGAGCGACGUCAAUAAUAACAACGUUAAUGCUGCUACUAUUAAUGAAGAAAGUGAGAAUAGCAAUCUUCUUAGUGCACUAGAUAUCCUUAACAAUAAUAGUAUCAUCAUUAAAUCAGAAGUAAUGCCACAACCAGCUCCAGUUAAGCAUACACCAGCUGCAGAAACAUCAAACAUCAACCACACACCUUCACAAUCUGUUUGUAAGAUUGCACAAACUCCUGUUGAAAAAGAAAUUAAUCAUGAAAUUAACGAUGAUAGUAAUAAUCAGAAUAAUAAAAAUGCCAAUAACAAUAAUGACACUAUUAAAAAUAUCAUUAGCAAAGAUGAUGUUAGCAAUAAGACAUCAAAAAACAAUAAAAGUGCUAUUAAUAAUAAGUCAUCGAGUUCUGAGGUAGUACAAGUUGAUACAUUCAAAGACACCUUCCCAAUGCUAACCAACUACAAAGACGCUAACAACAACAACAGUAACAAUAGUGGCAGUAGUGUUGUAGAGUUCAACAACAACACGAUUGUCAUUGACAACAUUUACAGCUCCCCGGAAGAUGCCGAUGUGAGCGGAGGGUCGACAGAUGCCGACAAAUCAGGUUCCUCUAAGUUUGCAUUUCAGAAAGGGGAUUUUGUCACUGUUCAGAAGAAGAAGAAGAUGAAAUACCAACUGCAGCAGCAGCCAUCACACAGUUCAGACACACCCACUGCAUCUGGUUCCUCAAAAGGAAAUCAAGACCAAAAACAAUCAACUAAUUCAUUUUCAACUAACUUUCAGAAUAAUAUGAAAUCUUCGAGCUUCAGAACAAACCAUCAUGCCAGUGUUAAGAUGAACUCUGACAAUGCAGCUGACAACCAGCAACAGCCAGUCAACACUUCCUUGAAAUCUACUGCAGGUGAUGGAUUUGCAAGCAACAGCAGCAACAAUCAAAAACAAAAUAAGACUUUUCAAGACAGAAGAUUUUUCAGAAAUGACCGAUUGAACCGAGAGAGAAACGACAACAACUUAACAUCUAACGUCAAAUUAGCUCCCACAGUGAAACAACAACCACUUGCAACUAGAGCAAAUAAUAAUACAUCAGCAGCAGCUCAACAAACCUCAUCAACAUCUAUGAAAACCACUCCAACUCACCAGCCUGCAGGAAAACCACCUGUGCUUUCGUACAAGUUGUCAGCAACAAAAUCAACACCACCUCCAUCGACAUCAUCGGCGACGACAUCAACUACAUCAAUUGCAACAUCAUUUCCAACAACAACAGCAACUCAGAAAGCAUCAGCAACUGUUAACUAUUUCGAUCCCUCACAGUUUCCAGAAUUGUCUGGAAGGAGAAAUUCAACGGGCAGUGCAGUGACUACCAUUGGCAGUGGUAACGCCAGUGCUAACGACAGUGCAGAUUAUAACAAUAAUGCAAAUAAUAAUGCUCCACUGUUUGAGGCAUUAAACAAAAAGGACAGUAUUAAUCUUGUGAGUGUAGGUACAUUUUCGUACGCUAAUGUAGCUGCAAAGAUGGUAGGGAUGAAGGGUGCUGCAUCAUCCACUAAUGAUGCUAAUAACAAGAUGUUUGCUAGGAGAAGAUCUCUGCAAAUUAAUUCAAAUGAGGAUUCCGCUUCUCCAAAUUCACAAUCAAAAAAUGUUGCUGACGCUGCUCCAGCAACUUCUAAUCAACCAAACAACUGUGAAACUGAAUCAACUGAAAAUGCUCAAAAAGAUCAACAAACACAACAGUACAUAUCUGAUCAGCAACCAUCAACUCAGCAGUCGCAACAACCGCAGCAACUGCAACAACAUCAGCCACAACAGCAGCAACACCAACCACCACAACAACAACAACCCGAGCUACAACCAUCACUCUCAAGCCAACAACAGCAAAACACUCUGUUUGAAGUUAAAAGUAAUGUAGAUUCCAUUGAUGAGAUAAAGCAGGACAACCCAGCUGAAGUUGUGAGCAACUCUCACAUCAAGACCAGUUCAUUGAAAUCUGACGUCCCAUCUCCACCAGCAUCGACGUCAUCAGUGACAUCAUCCAUAGCAAGAAAACCUAAAUUUCAGCCUGUGGUUUUCCUAGACAGCAGAAAUGUUAAUAGCAAAGAUUUGGGCUCUGAAAAUUCAGGGUUUUCAUUUAUAUUUGAUAGCAAUUUAGAUACAAGCAGAAGCAAGUUGACAACAUCGUCAUCCGAGCCAUGUUUCAAUAUGUUAACAGUUCAUGACAUGAAUGUUCUCUGCCAAAAGAUUUGCUAUAACAAAGGUGAUUUGUCUUUUAAUCCCAGUUUAGUUCAUAACAAUACACCUGCACCAGUGUUGAUCCAUGGACAACAUCAUCAACAUUUUGUGCAAAAUCAACAGUAUCAUCAGCAACAUCAACACUUCCAGAUGCAACAACAGAACCAACCUCGACAUCAGUUUCAGCAACCAGAUCUCAUCAACCCUAACCAAUAUCACAUAACGUCAAUGUCAACAGCAGCAAACACAGCAACGAUGACAGCAACUGUAAAUGAAACAAUGCCCGGUACAAACAUCACGUACCCCGAUGUGCGUGUACCUCCGCCACCAUACCACCAGCCCGUGCAGCAGCUGCAACAGCAGCAACUUCAUCAUUACUCGAUGUACCCUUAUGAAAUGUAUCCAUACAACAGUAGACCCAUUCCUCCACUCCCUCCUCUGCCACGUAGCAAGCCGAUUAGCAGAACACCUGUCCAGGUCGUUCCUCCAAUGCCGCCGACGACGACCAACGCAGAGGAUGAUGUUCUCGUUAUCGGCGUUAAUGCAGGCUACCAUCAGAAUGAUAACACCAUGAUCAAGUCAGUUAACGCCGGCACACAGCUCUCUGGUAACAGUAUUCCAUCCCUGCAGCAAUGCCAACAGCAGGUUGUAGACGGUGUAACAGCUGCUGAUGGCAUAGAGGUAGAUGACAGGGCUGCCGAGAGUAGGUGCUCUAAUGUCUUGCAUGAAGAAACUAGUAAUAAUUCAUCUGCUUGUUGUGAGAUCAAAAUUCCUACCAAGAGCGAAGCACUUUUUGAUGAUUGUUCUGCUGCUGCUAAGCGAACAACUUCAACCGCCAACGGUAAGUUUAACAGCAACAUAAAAAACUACAACUUCCAACAUAAAAAGUCCAGUUACAGCAGCAACAACAACAGCAGCAGCAAUAGUAACAGUAAGAGCAACGUUAAUAUCAACAAAAACGCUGACAACAACCACAAUAAUAAUAGUGGCAGCAGUGGUAACAGCAACAACAACAGCAAAGGAAGCCUGGAAAGCAACUUCAACAGCAGCUACAAAUCUUCAGGUUUUGACUUGGCCAGUGUUCAAAAGUACCUGUUCAAUGGUUAUUAUCAACUUUUAUUUCAGUAUUUAAACUUUUUAUAUAUCUAA